UUCCUUUUCCAUCCAGUAGCUCUAGCCCUGCAGUUCUCUGCCACCUUGUUGGAGAAGCUCUCCUGAGACAUGCAAUUAUCAAGUGAAAAAACAAUUAGACAAAAAUUCCUGUUUCCUGCUGAUCCAGCUGGGAAGGGAACAGUGAACACAUUCCAAGGAGGCCACACCUGAACCUGUGCCAGCACUACCUGGACUUCCCUGUUUGUAGCACGGGAUCAUCCAUCAAUAGGAUCACACCAGGCACAGCCCCGCCGUCAUGUCCAAGUCAAAGAGCUCCGAGUCCGUGCGGGUGGUCGUGCGCUGCCGGCCCAUGAACAGCAAAGAGCAAACUGCUUCCUAUGAAAAGGUUGUCAAUGUGGAUGUCAAGUUAGGGCAGGUCUCAGUGAAGAAUCCACGGGGAUCAUCUCAUGAACUGCCUAAAACAUUCACCUUUGAUGCUGUGUAUGACUGGAAUUCCAAACAGGUCGAACUCUACGAUGAGACCUUCAGACCUCUCGUGGACUCUGUUCUGCAAGGGUUUAAUGGGACAAUCUUUGCCUAUGGGCAGACUGGGACAGGGAAAACAUAUACGAUGGAAGGGGUGCGUGGUGAUCCCGAAAAGAGAGGGGUCAUCCCCAAUUCAUUCGACCACAUCUUCACCCACAUCUCUAGAUCUCAAAAUCAGCAAUACUUAGUUAGAGCGUCUUAUUUGGAAAUAUACCAAGAAGAAAUCAGAGACUUGUUAUCAAAGGAUCAGUCCAAGCGGCUGGAGUUGAAGGAGAGACCAGACACAGGGGUUUUUGUUAAGGAUCUGACCACCAUUGUUACGAAAAGUGUCAAAGAGAUAGAGCACAUCAUGAAUUUGGGAAACCAGAACCGCUCCGUUGGUGCCACCAACAUGAACGAGCACAGCUCUCGAUCUCACGCCAUUUUCCAGAUCACUAUCGAGUGCAGCGAGUUGGGACUGGAUGGAGAGAACCACAUCCGUGUUGGGAAGCUCAACCUGGUCGACCUGGCAGGCAGCGAGCGGCAAGCAAAGACUGGAGCACAGGGGGAAAGGCUGAAGGAAGCCACUAAAAUCAAUCUGUCCCUCUCAGCUUUGGGCAAUGUUAUCUCUGCCCUGGUAGAUGGCAAAAGCACGCACAUACCCUACCGGGACUCCAAGCUGACCAGGCUACUUCAGGACUCAUUAGGUGGCAAUGCCAAAACUGUGAUGGUGGCCAAUAUAGGCCCUGCCUCUUACAAUGUAGAGGAGACCCUGACCACACUGAGAUAUGCCAACCGUGCCAAAAACAUCAAGAACAAGCCACAAGUGAAUGAGGAUCCUAAGGAGGCUCUGCUGCGGGAAUUCCAGGAAGAGAUUGCUCGACUCAAGGCACAGUUGGAAAAACGGUCUAUUGGCAAAAGAAGGAGGAGGGAAAGGAGGAGGGAGGGUGGGGAAGAGGAGGAGGACACUGAAGAGGGUGAGGAUGAAGGAGAUGACAAAGAUGACUAUUGGAGGGAGCAGCAAGAAAAGUUGGAGAUUGAGAAGAAAGCUAUAGUCGAGGAUCACAGCUUGGUAGCAGAAGAAAAGAUGAGGCUGCUGAAAGAGAAGGAGAAGAAAAUGGAGGACCUGAAGCGAGAGAAAGAAGCAACAGAGAUGCUGAGUGCUAAAAUCAAGACAAUGGAAAGCAAGCUGCUGGUGGGAGGGAAAAAUAUUGUGGAUCAUACAAAUGAACAGCAGAAAAUCCUGGAACAGAAACGACAGGAAAUUGCAGAACAGAAACGUCGAGAGCGAGAAAUCCAGCAACAGAUGGAAAGUCAGGAUGAGGAAACACUAGAACUGAAGGAGACCUACAGUUCUCUUCAGCAAGAGGUGGACAUAAAGACCAAAAAACUCAAAAAGUUAUUUUCCAAGCUGCAAGCUGUGAAGGCAGAGAUCCAUGAUCUCCAAGAAGAGCACAUCAAGGGGCGCCAGGAAAUGGAACAGACCCAGAAUGAACUCACCAGGGAACUAAAGCUAAAGCACCUGAUUAUUGAAAACUUUAUUCCCUUGGAAGAAAAGAAUAAGAUCAUGAACAGAUCAUUCCUUGAUGAAGAGGAAGACAACUGGAAACUACAUCCCAUAACCCGUCUGGAUAACCAGCAGAUGAUGAAAAGACCAGUGUCUGCUGUGGGGUACAAAAGGCCCCUGAGCCAACACGCCAGGACGUCCAUGAUGAAUCACACAGCAGCUCGGUACAGGGCAGAGAACAUCGUGUUACUGGAAAUGGACGUGCCCAGCCGGACGACGAGGAACUAUGAGGGUCCAGCCAUCGCUCCCAAGGUUCAGGCAGCUCUGGAAGCAGCUCUGCAGGAUGAAGAUGAGAUUCAAGUGGACGCCUCAACUUUUGAGAGCUCUUCAAAUAAAAAAUCAAAACCCAGACCGAAAACUGGAAGGAAAUCGGUGGGAUCCGCAUCAGGAUCAGGCACCCCCAGUUCUCAGCUCUACCCACAGUCACGAGGGCUGGUUCCAAAAUAAAACCAGCAAUGGCUCUCCAGGGAGGGAACAGCCUUUACCUUCUGGGAGCAGAGACAAGGACAAACCUGCAGAGAGAGCUCCUGGCCAGCCUCCAGCCCCUUUCCCUGGAGAUGGCUUUGUUGCUGUUUAACUGACUCGGGCCAGUCCAGGGGCACUGAGCCAUGGGAAGAUCCAUGCUUGCAAUUCAGCAUUUGGCCUCUGUGGGAAAUGGAUUUUAGUUAGGAAAUCAAAAAUGCAUGAGGUACGUUACAGUGUGUUAGGAGCAAUGGGAAGCAUGGGGAUCACCUCACAGCGUCACCGUCCUCCUCCUGCACCAGCCCUUCCGCUGCACGGCGCUUUUUGGCUGUUGGGCACUAAGAAGACAGAGUUGAAAGUCAUCUCCACAGAACCAUCACUCUGCAGCUCCACAGUGAGAACCAAAAGAGGCUAAAAAGCAGAGGAUCUGUUCAAACUCGACAAGGUGUAAGGUUCUUCCUCUUCCUGCUUGAGAGACUGGCAUCACCACCUGGGGUUCAGGCAUUGGCCUGAACAGGCAGGAUGGCAGUGGCCAGCGUGUCCUCACCACCACACAGCUGUGCCUCCCCAAAGGGCUGUAGAACAGAAAAGGGUCUCAAAACAGCUCUGUGGUCUCUAGAAAGGAAGCAGUAGAAUCUGAAGUCCUUUCUUUGUUUACAGGCAUAAGUGAGAGCUCCUCUAAGCUGACCUACAGACCUCCCCCCUACCAACAGGAGCCACCUUGUCAAGGAACACCUCUGCAUGCCAGUGUUGGCUCCACAGCUUUCCUCCUCUCUCUUGCCUCCAUCUUUACCCCUGGCAUUUAAAACCAGUGUCCAUAUGACAUCUUUAAUGGCAUAUGACCAUUUUUUCUCAUGCCUCCCACUGUUGAUGGAAAACAUAGCACUGGCUCAGAGCGCUCCCUGCCAGGCUCAGACUCUCAGCUGGGCAGAGCACUGGAACUUGGAGCUGCCUUUGAAUGCACUCCUGGGAAUUUGGUCCCUUCCCUUGGUGUCUAAGGAGGUUUAGCAUUCAGUGCCUCUUGUGCCUCACCUGUUCCAUGUUAAGCAGCUUUCUCUCUGCACCUCCCAGCCCACUCAGAGCCUGCUGGGAGUGAACCUGACCUAACUGAGGCUGGUGAUGGAAGCUGGUGUUAAUUCCAGGGGUUUUACUCUGAAAACAAGGGAGGGUGAACUCCUGCUUUUGACAGUCUCAUUGCAAAGCUGCCCUAUGACUAAAGCAGGCUUGUGUAGCAGGGCAGAGGGAGGUGGAACUCCACACUAAGGACAGAGUAAGGUGUCCCAGUCUAGUGUCCCACAGCUCAUUCGUAAGUUUUAGUUCACUGUAUAUUGAGACUUGGGAUGUUACUUUUUCUGGUUGCUCUUGGCUGUCAUCCUGUGAACGUUUUUACCUGUUUUCCCUCACUGAUGACUCCCUCCAGACUGACACGUGUGAGUGUGUGAGGACUUGCCUGGCUGUAGACAUGCUCUGAUGUGUGGACUCUGCCUUGUGCUCGUUAAGUGUCCACGGAGUGACUUCAUCCAGGCUGGAGAGCUCCUUUCUACUGACCCCCUGAGCAGGAGGAACUGAGUGCUCAGCACAGCUCACCUGUGCAUCCUGCAGGCAUGGUGCCCAGGUGAGCCAGGUGGGCCCCUUAAACACCAACUUGGCUGCUGCAUUCCACGGACUGCUUUCCUGGGCCACAAGGUUAAAAUAUGUAUACACAUAUAUGCACACAUACAUAUAUAUAAUAGUUUUGGUGGAGGAAGGAGGGAUUUACUUAUAACUGAGAGAGCAGACACAUGACCUAUUUCUUUCAACCUGAACAUGGAAACCCAGCAUAAUAUUUGUUUUCACAAAGCACUGUUCAUAUCCAGAGAGCCUUUUAACUGGCUUUUGUUGCAUAGUAUAACAUCACCUUCUCUUCCCUCUCUUCCUUCUUUCUCUCCAGCACAUAAUCUUCUGUACUAUGAUAUUUUAAAAGAUGAUUGUAUGGUUUAAGUGCUCAGAGAAUUGAAAUUAAAUGGCGGGGGGGAGGUUUAAAACCCUGAGACAGCAGCACAAUAUAUAACCACACGUUUGUACAUACCUAUGUACAUGUUUUAUGUGAAUAAUGCAUACACAGACACAUCUGUGUCUGCACAUGUGCACACUUUUCCUCAGUUGCUACUAUUCCAUCGGGAAUUCUAUUCUAUAUUAAACUCAUAUGCUGGAAACUGCCUUUGUGGCAGGGCUGGUACCAUGGAGCUCUGCAGUGCAAACCUGUUUUCAUGUUGAUGAGCCAGUGUCAGAAAGGCUCUGCUUUUAACUCUGUAGAAAUUCAUUAGCAAGGUGAAAGAAACUCAGUAGAGUGGAAAAGAAUAAAUCUGCAUAUUUAGUCAUUGUAUGUAAA